UUAACCCCAUUCUCUCCCCCCCAGCUCCAUGGCCCGGCUCUGAUCUACUCUCCAGCUCCAUUGGAAGGUUCUUUGGUUGGGGGGAAGGGGGGGGGUAGCCCAUAAUUAAUAACUGUGGGGGGGGGUUCUAAUUAACAACCAAAGGGGGGACUAUAAUUAAUAACCCAGGGGGGCGGCUAUAAUUAAUACCCGUAGGGGGGUCCUGUGAUUAAUAACCAAAGGGGGGGGCUAUAAUUAAUAACCUUGGGGGGGGCCUAUAAUUAAUAACCAAAGGGGGGUCUGUAAUUGACUACAGGGGGCUUCCCCCAUCAUAUACCUUUAAUUAAGGGGGGUUGUUGUUGUAGUGGGGGGGGUCUGCAAUUAAUAAGGGGGUCCCCCCCCAUCCAUUACCUUUAAUUAAGAGGGGGGUCAUUAAUUAAUUACAGGGGUCUCCCCCCACCAUAUACCUUUAAUUAAGGGGGGGGUCAGUAAUUAAUUACAGGGGUCUCCCCCCAUCCAUUACCUUUAAUUAAGGGGGUGGUCAGUAAUUAAUUACAGGGGUCUCCCCCCACCAUAUACCUUUAAUUAAGGGGGGGGUCAGUAAUUAAUUACAGGGGUCUCCCCCCCAUCAUAUACCUUUAAUUAAGGGGGGGGGUCAGUAAUUAAUUACAGGGGUCUCCCCCCACCAUAUACCUUUAAUUAAGGGGGGGGUCAAUAACUAAUUACAGGGGUCUCCCCCCACCAUAUACCUUUAAUUAAGGGGGGGGUCAGUAAUUAAUUACAGGGGUCUCCCCCCACCAUAUACCAUUAAUUAAGGGGGGUCGUUGUUGCAGUGGGGGGGGUCCCGUGAUGCGGAAGCCCCCCCCCUUGGCGCUGCUGUGGGCCGCAGCCGCUCUGGUCUCUUGGAACGCGUUGCUUCUCUUUUACCUUUGGGGGGGGGGCGGGGGUCGCGGGCCCCCUAAGACCCCAAUGGCGGCCAUUGGUGCGGCCCCCCCCCCACACGAAGCCCCCCCCGACCCCCAUUUAACGGCCCAGUUGUCCCGCCUGGCUCAGGAGGCACAGAAACAACUGGAGCUACAGAGGGAGAUUCUGACCCACAUCCAACAGCGGCUGCCCCAUAGAGACCCACUGAGAGCACCCAGAAAGGGCCCCAAAAAGACCCAAAAUGCCAAGAAUUGGCCCCAAAAUGCCUUUAAUCCGCCACAUAACCCCAUUAACCCCCACAAAGAGCCCAUAUAUCAACAUCGAGACCCUCAUAAAGCCCCCCAAGACCCCAAUAAACCCCCCCAAGACCCUCAUAAGGGCCCAUACGACCCCAUAAGAAACCCAUACGCCCCCAUAACGGCCCUUCACGACCCCAAUAACCCCCUUUACGACCCCCAUAAGCCCCCCCAAGGACCCAUAGACCCCCAUAAGCCCCCCCAGGAUCCCAAUAAGGCCCCAUACGACCCCAAUAACCCCCUUUACGACCCCCAUAAGGCCCUUAUGGACCCCAAUAAGGCCCCCAUGGCCGCCCCACGUGACCCGGCCCCGACCCCCCCCCACCCCUUACAUCCUCCCCCGACCCCCGCGCUACUCCCGGCACUUCCGCUUCCGGAACAACCCCUCUCCGUGACGUCGCUUCCGGUUCCGGAUGAAAGCCAGCUUCCGCUUCCGGUUCUGGUCUUGGCCUGCGAUCGCAGCUCGGUUCGGCGCUGCCUGGACUCGUUGCUCCGUUACCGACCGUCUGCCACCCGCUUCCCCAUCCUGGUGAGCCAGGACUGCCAGCACCCGGAAACGGCGGCCGCCAUUUCAUCCUACGGCGACGCCAUCACUCGACUCCACCCUCCUCCUCACCCGGAUCCACUUCCGGUUCCGCCCGAACACCGGAAGUUCGCCGGCUACUACAAGAUCGCCCGCCAUUACCGCUGGGCGUUGGGUCACGUGUUUAACACCCUCCACUUCCGGGCCGCCAUUGUGGUGGAGGACGACCUAGAGGUGGCGCCCGAUUUCUUCGAGUACUUCCGGGCCGCUCUACCCUUACUCCGCUCCGAUCCAUCUCUAUGGUGCGCCUCGGCCUGGCACGAUAACGGCAAGGAACGGCUGGUGGAUCCGUCCCGACCGGAACUGUUGUAUCGAACCGAUUUCUUCCCGGGGCUGGGUUGGCUGCUGACAUCCGAACUGUGGGCUGAGCUGGAACCAAAAUGGCCGCCGGCUUUUUGGGAUGAUUGGAUGAGACAACCGGAGCAACGCCGGGACCGGGCCUGUGUUAGGCCCGAGGUAUCGAGAACCGUCACGUUCGGACGUAAAGGGGUGAGUCACGGGCAGUUCUACGAGCAGCACCUCCGGUACAUGCUGCUCAACCGGAGGUUCGUGCCAUUCACUAACAUUGAUAUGGCUUAUCUACACCGGGAACGGUAUGAUACCGAAUGGGAACGGCAACUGAGGGAGGCACAACCGGGAGAGCUGAGGGAUUUAACGGAGAUUAACGGGAAAACAGGCCUUAACGGGGACAGCACCGGCUCCAAAGCGGCCAUAAGGAUCCAUUAUCACAACCGGGAAUCGUUCCGGGCCGCAGCCAAAGCGCUGGGGAUCAUGGACGACAUGAAGGCCGGGGUGCCCAGGGCGGCCUAUAAAGGGGUCGUUACCGUUGUGUUUAACGGGAGGAGGGUCUACCUGGCACCGGGAAACGGGUGGGGGGGGUACGACCCCGCGUGGGGGUGAGAUAUGGGGGGGUAU